UUCGUGAGCUCUUGAAGCGAGCAUAUCACGAUCAGGUGAGGGCUAGCUGCUGGACUAUUCGGUGCUGUGAAUCGUGUGCUUCUUGACGGUAGUAAGGUUGAGUCGGAAGAAUCCCCACCCAUGCCCAUCUGUGAAGGACCCAAGCUAUCUUAUCUUUGAAGGAAUAACAGAUUUUCUCCAGCAAUUGCUACUGAAGCAGUCUAGGCCGCCUGUCUACGCCCGACGAGACUUUGAAAUCAAGUGAGAGCAAGCACCAUGGGUGAUAGUGACGCUGGCACUGGUAACAUGGAUCAUGACCACUGCACGGUAUGUGGGUGCAACAAGGAGCAGUAUGUCAUGCUACGUCAGCGUGUGGAGGAGAGCAAACAACGCAUCACAUUGAUGGAGAGCGAGUUCCUGCAGAGCACGCUGUACACCGAGAACGAGCUGGACGAAUGCAGGGAGGAACUCAGGCUGUCGCAACAAAGAUACAAUGCGUUGGAAAAAAGUCAUCAGGAGCUCCACGAGAUUAACAGCGACUUGGAAGAGAGGAUUCUUGAUAUUGCUGCCGCCUAUGAAAAGGAGAAGCAAGCCCUCAACAGGGAGGUUUUGACACUAAGCCAGAGGCUACUGGACACCAAGUUUGAAAUCAACAAACAGGAGGAGAGAAAUGCACGCUAUAAAAAGGACUGCCAGCUGGCUGUUGAACUACUUCAAUGCACCCCCUCUGGAGCUUACAUGCAACACAAAGUCAGCCAGCUUCCUCAUGAUCUCCAGUACUACGUCCACCAACUCAUGGGUGAGAUGGGCACUGGCAGCCAGCACACCAGCGGAACAUUGAAGAGUCCCACUGUGACCGAUAACAGCCAGCCACUGUUGGGAGCUGACAAGUCCAGGCACAACGGCCUGCUGGCAUCGCGGGUUUAUGACUCGGUCCCUGCUAACAUCAUCGCCAGGGCCAUGCAGCUGCGGGAUGAGGAGGACCGUAAGGAGGUAGAGAAGCUGGUGCCUACACUGCGUAGCAGCCGCAGCAAGCAGGACGUCGCCGUGGCACUGCACGACAAGGGGACACAGACGGUGGCUGUGGAGACCAGGGACCAGCUGGAACAGUUGUGUGCCAAAUGCGGCUCCGAGCUGACCCUCAUACCCAUUGAGCCCGAGCCCCUGAAGCCAGCCAUACCUGAACCGGAACCGAAGCUCCUCAACCUGUUGGACCUCUCUGAACCAGCUCCAGCUAAGCCCGCCCCUAAGAAAGCAAAUGAACACCUGUUGCUUGACCUAUUGGAGACUGAUGCACCCAGUGACACUGCUGCUGAGCUGAACUUGAAGCGCUCACUGGAGAAUCUCUCCUUGGCUGACUUGCUGCUAGAUAUUUCCGACCCAGAGCCUAGCAUCAAGCCAUUGGGGACCACCACGAUAGAACGAGAACUUGAGACUCCGUCCACAGCCGAUGUUCUGUCUCUUAUUUCCCCUCUAGAUUCAGGCUCCCCAAUGCAGGAUGAUAUGUCUGACAGCAGCAGUGCUAGCAAGGAGAGUAACACAGGCACUCAAAGCAGCGUGGGGUCUUCCCUGACGGAGGCAGACGCAGCCCUGGCCACCCCUAAACCGCCGACCUCCAAACCCACAGGCCCGGCCAGGCGUGUCCACCCAGGCCCCACUCAUCCCCAGAUCCAACAGAAUCAGAAGAGCAACAGCAGCGGCCACACCAUACUGACCGAGAGUUCCCAGGCCUCCUCACUGGUCGAGCCCGAAUUCAAGAAGGUGGGAAAGGCGGCCGUCAUCAAAUCCCAGCAGAGGAACCAAAGGUCGGCUGUGGUCAACGGCACCAUGAGAACACCCAGCGAAGACACCAAGAUCAAGGAUCUCCCCGUAGCCCCCAACCAGAAAGGCUCCACUUACCAUACCCAGAAUCAGGCCCCACUUCCUGAAAGCCCAAGCAUGGGCGAGAAGACCGAAAGGGUGUCGAUGUACAUCAAUGAGAACAAUGCUGAGAACUUGAAAAAGAAGGCCCAGCCAAAGUCAAAACAUGGCGGCGGCACUACGAAGCCCACAGGCCAAGUCAUCGGUUCCCAGCACAACCGACCUGCCAAUCCUCGGCCAAAUCCUAAUCCAACUUCCAACAUGAAUUCCAGUCCUAGCUCAGAUGACAACACCAAUUCCAACCCAGCCAAACCCGGCUCCAACCCCAAUGCACCCAAGACCCCCCACUUCCUGCAAACCAGCGUCUGAUACUGAUUGUCUUUUCAAACCAUUUGUACUUCCAGAUGAGCUUUCAAAUGUUUUUUAAAGUAAAGUGGUGAACCAUUUCUACAAAUUAUUGUGAACACACUUUGCAUCACUGAAAGCGUAACAUUACGUUGUGUGUCUCGGUGGUGUGUUGGAACUUUUUUUUUGGAAUGAAGAAAGCAACUCGUAGAAAAGUAAUUUGUGUGUAGACAGAAAAAUAGGUUUCAUAGGUGACACUGAACAUCCAAAUGCACUGAGGUUUAUUCACCACAAAAAAAUUUAUUGAUCGUCCUGAAAUUUAUAAAACAGUAUGCGGCUAAGUAUAUUCAGUUGUUCUGAAUCAUCAAGCAUUAAGUGGAAGAGAUGUUAUUUCCAAAGGUACAAAUUUUCAUCUGUCAGUACUCCAUCUCUGAAGCUAGGUGGUUUUCAGCAGUCGGAGCAGUUACAACGUUGGAGAAACUAUUGAUUGUUAACCCCAAAGAUUUUGGCGGGUUACUUGGUCAAUUACCAAGAGCACAAUAGUUGUCAUUUUAAUGUCACCACUAAUAUAAACUCUCUGAGAAAAUCAUAUUUUAUCAAUUUCUAACAAAAAUGUACAGGCCUUAUAGUUCUUUCAUUUUGAGGGUAGUCGUUAAAGUGUAGAAUGGAAAUAGCUAAAGCAAGGUAAGGAGAUCAAUCCAAACUUAUAUUAAAAUAAAUUGAAACAGUGUUAGAAACAGUUUUAGAAGCAGAAAAAUUGUACAUGGUGUGAUGGAGAACGGAGUGAUCAAAAUUUGAGGCAUACAAAUUGAGCUGGCUGAGCAUUUUUUUUUACUGUUGUAACUUCAUUGUUAUAUAUCUUUUUGGUAGCUGAGGGUGGAAGUCAAAUAUGUAAUGUUUUCAGAACGGAAGGGGGGAACUCAGUGAGUUCCAAAUCAGAUCAGAGAACCCAGUGAGUUCCAAAUCAGAUCAGAGAACUCAGUGAGUUCCAAAUUAGAUCAGAGUAUAGGAGCACCGCAGCAACGUGUGUGAACUUGGAGAGCACAUCCAUUUUGGUCGAAAGUUUUACAAUACUACGCAUUUAUGUAUGAUGUGGAUUUGUUAGAGUCAUAUUGAUUUGGAACACUUGUUGGCACAUCCAGGUUUUGGUUCUGUAAAAAAAAGAAGUAUAUGCAAUUUGUACUCUGUUCAGUACAGUAACGGAUGAACAGAACAUUUGUAGCCAGCAAAUUAUUGUCUGCAGCACGGGUUGUUUUGUACUACAAAACUUUAGGUAAGAAUGGCAGGAACUUGAGAUGGUUCCUUUAAGCCCGUGUUCAGGAAGUCGGCUUGUGGUGCACUCAUGUAUUUAAAAAAAACAAUGCAUUAAUCGCCAACUUGGUUUUUAUAGUUACCAAUUACACCCACUGUACAGUUCAUUUGUAUUUCUUUCCAAAAGUUCUAGAUGUGCUCCACCAAUGUUCCUUUCAAUUCAUUAGUGUCUUAUUCACAAAACUAUGCAAGUACAAAAUCAGUUAAGGACUUUCAGCACUGUAAGUAUAAUGUGUAUUCUUAUUUGAAGUUUUUGUAUUUUAUUACCAUAUCAUUCAUUAUUCAUCAGGUGAACGUCAAGAGGAGUGUUACUGAUCUAAAAAGUAGCAUUUAUGGCUUACAAAUGUUAAUAAAUGUGUCAUGGUUUAUUGAGUACUGUGAUUGCCAAAAUUGUCACCACUGCAGCCAUGCAUAUCACUUUUGUGUAACAGUUUAACACACAGUAUAUCUUGUGUUUGUAUGGGUGUUAUCUGGAAUGCAGCGAGUGAACAAGAAAAGUUUGGUUGUAUCUUGUUAUUUUUGCAUUAGUUUGCUGAUAAGGUUAGAUCCUUCACAAGUGGAGAUUUAAAAAUGAUUUGUUGGGGGGGUGAGUUUCAGGGGUUUUCAAGGGGUGACAUAUGCAAGUCAACUCGGAUGACCUCUGAGAAAGGCAUUCCUUGAACUGGCAUGACUCGUUAACUUCUGACAAGACUUGAAACUUCACUGGUUGCUGAAAUGAAGUUGGCUUGUGAUUGGAUUUGUAAUGGAGGUAAUCACAACACGUCUUUCAAACCCAUGCAGGCAUUUCUGUCUCUUCAUGAAACAAGUACAUGUAUGUACUAAGUAGAGUGUAGUCCCACAGUGGUAUCAUGGUUGUAGUGGUGCAGGUGGCAUAGUCUGUACAUAGUGUCAAAUAGAAUCAGUCAACCGCAUUCUGUAUUUUAAACAAGUAGAUGGUCUAAAUUUAACAUUAAGCUGGUGUAAAGAAAAAAAUAUGUAAUAGUGUUCACUUAUAAACAACAGCAACCAAAAUGUAUCAUUCGUAGUUUGUAGACAGUGGUAUUCAUAGCUAAUGCACAGGCAAUGCUGACCAUAGAAUCAGAAUGUGUAUAAUUGCAUUCUUGACUGAAGAAAUUUGUGAAUCUUAAAGGAGAUUUGUUUGCACGAGGAUUGUAAUGAUUAAAUUUUAGAAAUCAAAAAUAAAUGGUGAUAGGACACCGCAGUGGGUCAUUGUACAUUUUGUAAAGGGCUGAGAUCAUGGCCCUUGAUGUACAUACCAGUGUAUGUCCACAGAGUGCGUGAAAUGUAUCAUCAACAAAAUGAUUAAUUUGUAAAAUAAAGUACAUGUAAGUAAAUUCUCAAGGAGAAACAAAAAAGCUUUCCAAAAUUGGAUGGUAAAGCUUGAAAUUUUCUGAACAGUACCAGUGCCAAAAGUGUGUUUUACUCAGAGAAAUCCUUGCAUUUCUCUGAAGUAGAAUUGUGAAUAAACAUGUACAUGUAGUGUAGUCUUAAAGAGAACAUUGCAGAGCCUGAUCUAAUAUGCACAAUAUCUUCAUACUGGUUCAGCCAUGUGAAGGAUUAUGGGUCCUAGUGUGAACCUCGCAGUGUUCACAAAAUCUCACAGGUUAGUGAAGUUCAAAUUCGGUAUGUCUUAGAUUUAAAAAAAACCUCAGCUGUAUAAAUGUUUGUAGACAUGUAGUACUUACAGGUUAAACUAAACGUAAUGAGACUAUAGCAACUUAAUGGAAAUGUCAUAUUUUAUCAUGCAAAAAUUCUGAGCGUAGCUCUGUAUUAGUAGCCUUGUGCCGUAUCUUAACAUCGUGAUUUAUAACAAAGGUGAUUUUUAUUUAUGACAAGUUUUAAUGUGGCUGUUGCAGUAAGGAAGUGAUUUUUUGUAUCUGUUUUGUUAAAUGAGAGAAUUGAAGAUCAUGGAAAAGGUGCAUUUUAGAAUACCAUGGGCAUCAGUUGGUGGAGGACAGGGGGGCACAUGUCCCUCCCACUUUUCCAAGUGGGGGGGAUACUAUAUCAAUUGUCCCCCCCCUCCCACUUUUUUCCAAAACCUAAAUGAAAAUGUGUAGCUUGCAAAAACAUUGGUUAAAAACACUGGCUAAAGUAGCCAAAACUUGUCUCAGAUCAGACCACAGAGCAUCUCUACUCCAAAAAUUUUCCAGGGUCCUAAGGCGGGCCCCAGACCCCACACCACUCAGAGCUUCGCUUUUUGCGCUCGCAUUUGUUCUGAUCAGGGCUAUGUCCCCCCCCCCACUUUUCAAAACAGAUUUACACCCUUGAAUUACACACAGUGUGACUCUCUUGGAUGUCUUACUAUUUAA